AGGUUCAGUUUCGCUUUCUCUUCAACCCGGAAAAGUAGGCUAAUGUUACACAAGAAAAUCUCUUUACAAAAGUUAUGAAGUAAAGUAUGCUUAGCUGCUACUUAUUGAACUGCUGGUUAUCUUAUGAGGCUUGUUCACGGCUGUUUUCUCUCGGCGCACUGAGAUCGACGUUUUAAUAUCUCAGCAUCUGAGAUUCAUAGAGUUGGACUGACAACAAAACCAUCGUCGGAGACACCAUGUUGGGAGAAACCGAUGGACCUUGCUGGUUGUCCGAAGAAGUAAAAACUGGGACAACCAUCAUAGGCAUUGAAUUUGACGGUGGCGUCGUGCUCGGUUCUGACUCUCGAGUGUCAGCAGGUGCAUCAGUGGUGAACCGGGUGAUGAACAAGCUGUCCCUCCUCCAUGAUAAGAUCUACUGUGCCCUGUCUGGCUCUGCUGCUGAUGCUCAGACCAUCGCUGAGAUUGUCAACUACCAGCUGGAUGUUCACAGUGUUGAGCUUGGGGAAGAACCUCUUGUACGAUCUGCAGCCACGUUGGUGAAGAACGUCUCCUACAAGUACAAAGAGGAGCUGUCUGCUCAUCUCAUUGUGGCUGGUUGGGACAGGAAAAAGGGGGGACAGGUCUACGCCACUUUAAAUGGCCUUCUGUCCAGACAGCCAUUUGCUGUGGGUGGCUCCGGCAGCUCCUACAUCUACGGCUUUGUGGAUGCUGAGUAUCGGAAGGACAUGAGCCGCAGAGAAUGCCAGCAGUUUGUUGUGAAUGCUCUGACACUGGCGAUGAGUCGAGAUGGUUCCAGUGGAGGUGUGGCCUAUCUUGUCACCAUUGACGAAACUGGUGCUGAGGAAAAGUGUGUUCUCGGCAAUGACCUCCCCAAGUUCUUUGAUCAGUGAUUGUGUGACUGCAGAACCAUUUCAUUUGUUAUUAAUGAUUAAUAAAUGGCUACAACAACAUAA